UACGGACUGUCUUUUAAAAUAUCUGGUCAGAGUUGGCUUGAUUCCACUUCCAAUAAGACGAUAUCGUGAGUAGUAAGGUGCCAAGCCUUUGUUGCAGGGCUAAAAAGUGAAUACGGCGCAGCCGUUUGGAUACAUAUCUCCUUUCGUGUUGUCGCCUCCGAUUUCUGCCUAACCAUACUGACUUCCAUAGACGGUAAAUCGAGAUAGUAUCGCAGAGUAUUCAGUCUUAUUAUUGGUUAAGAUACCUAACCUAAGGUACUGUGACCAUACCUCUUAACCACAAUGCUCUUGUCAACAACUUCUCUUUCUCUCAUCAUAUUCCUCCGUCAUACUGCGGCUAUCUCUACCGGCAUAUGCUCGCCCGUGACAUGGAAAGGCACUUAUUCGGCUACCUCUAAAACGCGCUCUCCCAAACCUCAGCACACGCGUAAUGUAGUCUACAACUCCCCUAUACAACCUGGGGAAAUCAACUGUCGCUACUGGGGUGAGACCGACGACGAAAUCGAUAAGGAUACGUGUUCAUACUUGAGCCGUAGAUACCAAAUAACAAUAGACAAGUUUUUCAAGCUUAACCCGGACCUCGAUCAGGAUUGUGGAAACCUCCGCCCUUAUACCGAGUAUUGCGUUGAUGGAUUUGUUGAGCCUGUACGAGCUGUGGAUGGCUUCUGUGGCCCGCCGCAUAACAACGCUACUUGUCUUGGGGCAAGUCAGGGGCAGUGUUGCAAUUCAGAGACUUGGAUGUGCGGUAAUACCGAGGAGGAUUGUGCUCCUGGUACUUGCUACGAAGGUAUCUGCUUCGGCGAUAAGAUAUACAGCACGGAUGGAAAAUGUGGCUACAAGCAUGGUAGCAGACUAUGCGCCGGAAAGCAUGGCGAUUGUUGUAGCAUAGAUGGCAAAUGCGGUACUGGCCCCGACUUUUGUGGUGAGGGUGUUUGCCAAUCGGGCAAAUGUACGAAGUCCCCUGAAGGUCACUUUUUUGCUGGAAACUCGUUUAUGUCACAGUUUCCUUGGUUGAUGGGAAAUACGACCGACGGUACCUGCGGUGGUGAGAACAAAUUUACUUGCAAUGCAGUGUAUGGAACUUGCUGUAAUAAGAACGGGCGAUGCGGAUCUCUCCCAAAAGAUUGUGGAGAGGGAUGUCAACCUGAAUUUGGGAUAUGCGAUGGCUUAGCCCCAGCUUCUAGGGCUGCUUCGGUCACUUCACCAACACCAACGGUCACUGUAGUGGAACUUUAAGAGUCAACCGCGACUAGUGGAGAUUCGAGAAAAAGAACUUGAAACUGAGUUUCAACCUGAUAUAAAAACAGAUAUCUAUUAUCUCCCAAUUGGAAAUACACGUCUUUCAAAUAUGCAC